UUAAGAUGCUGACUUGUUUAUGUAGACACAACAAGUGAUUUUUUUUUUUUUUUUUUGUUCCACCUUCUCUCGACAUUCUGCACGCCACAUCAACAGCAGGUGCCUGAAGUCCAGUUAUAGGCCGAUGGGCGAGCACUCGGUAAAGGACGGAGUAAGGGGUCAAGCACGGCGCCAUAGAGACGCCGUGCUCUGAUGGAGAAGGCCGCGGAGAGAACGCACCCGAGAUGAACAAGCAUAAGAGGAAGUUGGUGCCGCGCCGACGCAACACAUGUCCCAGUCCCCAGGACAUCAACAGAGCCCUGAGGGGGGCCCCGUCAGCCCCCAGCGCCAGCGCGGCAAGCCUGGAUGACCUCAUACUACGCUGCCUGGGCUACUUUGAUUCGGAAGGGAAACUGUGCAGCCCCCGAGGGUCCCAGAUGGUCCACAUGACACUGAUGAUGCACAGCUGGGUUGUCCCGUCGCAGACCUUUGCCCAGAAGCUCCUCACCUUGUACAAGGACUGCCCUCCCGACAAGAGAGGCCUGAGGCGGGGUCAAGUGUGUCACCUGGUCAGGACCUGGAUCGGCCAGUUCCCCGCCGUGUUCGAGGCCGACCCCCUUCUGGAGCAGACCAUGGGGGACCUGUGGUCGUUGGUGCGCUCGGACGGGGAAGAGGCGCAGAUCAUUGACCCGUCCUGCGUAAGUCUUAACGUGGACGUGUCGCAGGCCCCUUCGCCAUGCGUGAAGAAGAGGAAAGUGUCGCUCAUCUUCGACCACAUGGAAGCCGACGAGAUGGCCGAGCACCUCAGCUACCUGGAGUUCAAGAACUUUUGCAACAUUUCGUUUCUGGACUACCGCAGCUACGUGGUGCGAGGAUCGGUGCGGGACAACCCGGCGCUGGAGCGCUCGGUGAUGAUGUGCAACGGCGUGUCCCAGUGGGUCCAGCUUAUGAUCCUCAACAGGCACACGGCUCAGCAGAGGGCACAGGUUUUCACCAAGUUCAUCCACGUGGCUCAGAAACUGCGAGCUUUGCAGAACUUCAACACGCUGAUGGCCGUCACUGGAGGUCUCUGUCACAGCGCCAUCUCCCGCCUCAAAGACACGUACAACCUGCUGCCUCCUGAUGUCACCAAGGCUUUGAGCGAGAUGACCGAGUUGCUGUCGUCUCACAGCAACUACAGCAACUACCGCCGCCUGUACAGAGAAUGCUCUGGCUUUAAGGUGCCCAUCCUCGGCGUGCACCUUAAGGACCUGAUCGUUCUCAACGAGCUGCUGCCCGACUUUGUGGACGGGGACAAGAUCAACCUCAGCAAAAUGCAGCAACUCCACAGCAACAUCAACGAGCUCCUGGUGCUGCACUCUCUCACGCCGCCGUUCGAGGCUAACAAAGAUCUCUUGCAUCUUUUGACGCUUUCUUUAGAUCUCUACCACACCGAGGACCAGAUCUAUGAACUGUCCUACACCAAGGAACCCAAGAACCCCAAAAUUCAGCCCGUAACUCCAGUUAAACCGCCUGUGGUGGCAGAGUGGGGUUCCGGGGUAACCCCCCGCCUUGACCCCGACACCAUUUCCAAACAUGUCAAACAAAUGGUGGAUUCCAUAAUGAAGAACUACGACUACAAGCAGGACGGCUUCAUCCCGUUGGAGGACUUUGAGAAAAUUGCAGCUAACUUCCCUUUCUCCUUCUGUACGCAGCAAACUGACAGGCAAGGUCAAAUAAGCCGCGAGGAGAUGACGUCGUACUUCGUGCGCGGGAUGUCGGUCUGCGCCAAGCUAGGCUACAACUUCAACGAAGCGCACAACUUCCACGAGACGACCUACAAAAAGCCCACAGUCUGCGACACGUGCGGCGGUUAUCUCUGUGGAGUCAUCAAACAAGGCUACCACUGCAAAGGUUGCGGGAUGAACUGCCAUAGACACUGCCGUGAUCUGGUGGGAAUCGAGUGCUUGAAGAAACACAAAAACACUGGCGGUUCCUGCCCGUGCACCCCCGCCCCAGACUCCAGAACCAAGGGGAGUGUGCCGAGUUCCGAAGAAGAGGCAUUUUUCUUCUCCCACGGCAACGAUUCGGAACCCUACAAGAGCGCCCCCUUCAGGAAAAGCGUAGACACCUCGGGUGCGUGGAACCGCUCCAAACAGACGGAUCCCGGACUGUGGACACCUCAGGAGAAGGAGCGAAGGAUGUACAACCACAGCAUUCCCGGCAAGGCCAACACGUUGCCCCCCCCCAGGAGUCGUGGGUGCUCCAUGCCCGUCUCAUUCCUGCCUGAAAAGCUGGAGGAGCUUUGCCUCAGUAAGGAAAAGAACCGGGAGCCCGAUUGAAAAGAUGAUUUGUCAAGAUUCCGGUCUAAUUAACCAUUUGGUGCCUGAAUUUACAUUUAACAUAUACUAGUAUACAUCAAAAAGUAUCAACAAGUAUCGUAUUUAAGUUGCACCUAGGUAUAAAUCGCACCAGCCGAUGCAAAAUAAAGAGGAAAAUAUGAAGAACAACAGGCUAAAUAGGCAUCUGUUAUCAUAGCAUAUUAAGUUUUUCACAUAACAAUUGCCUAAAAAACACAAAAUAACAAGCUUGUGUCUGUCAGAGUGAAAAAAGAACAUAUACUGUAAGUCGCACCUGAGUAUAACAGCUGUUUCGCACUAGCAACAGCCUAGGGUGAAAAGUGGCCGACGACGAGCGCAAAACAGGAGGAGCCACGUAGACACUGACCAGAGGUGAAAAGCGAAUAGACUCCAGCAAUCAUAUUUACUCUAGUCUCAAGCACCAAUACAUGUAUUUUUCAUUGAUGCACGAAAAUAGCGACUUGGAGUGGGAACCUCUGUGUAGCUCACAAUACAGUACGAUUUGCGUUGAUGGCAGCUAUUGAGUUUAUAGAAACACUAUUCAAGUGGAAGAUUUUGGUAGCUGCUUGUAUGUUGUUUUUAAACAGUGACACCUUUUAAAAACGAUAUAUCGAUUCUCGGCACGGGCAUAUCGAUAACCUUUUGGGAUAUCACGAUAUAUCACAAUUGCAAUAUUUUGAUCGGAUUGGAGACUUCCCUUAUUUAUAUAAUGGCGUUUAAUCCAAGCUUGCUCUAUAUAAAACGGCUCCAGGAUCUGCCUACUUAAUACUUUUCUGAUGUAAAACAAUAGUUUACAUAUUAAAACAAAACAACUGCACAUCCUGUGAUAUGACUGUUGCGCAUGCGCACAUUGCGAUUUUUAUUUUAAGUUAUUGAAAAGAAAGUAACUCAAGAAUGUCCCUGAACGAAUAGGAGGUGACUCAAAAUCAACAUACAGUGGGGCAAAUAAGUAUUUAGUCAACCAAUAAUUGUGCAA